CCGGGGUGGGGUGUAUAUAUCCAAAACUGUUACAUGGCCUCUUGGAGGGAGGGGUAGGAGGAGGGAUGUGAUAAAAGCAGCUGGUGGGUAGAGGGGGUUUCGCAGUCCGAGGUGAUAUGGAUGGAGAGCGUCAACAAUAGAAUCACACAUACAAACCAAGCAAACACCACGCGUGCGUUUCAUAGUAUAAGAAGGCUGGAGAAAAUGGGCAAUGACCUCCAGAAGAUGACAGCGAGGCCCAAACCAGAUAGAUCCCUCCUCUUUCUCCAAAAUCACUAUCUCCCUCAGGCUGUUGGCAGACACUUUCACCAGAAUCACAACAACAAUAAUAACAAUACCACUGAGGUGACAGAGGGACAGAGGGACACCACAUCCACAACCAAGAAGCCUUUGAAACCCCUGCAAAAGGGUUGUCUGGACAGAGGAAGCCAUAAAGGUCCAUCAGACACCAAGUUAACCCUGGCAAUGCUCCAGCAGGACUGGAAGCUGGAGAUUCUUCCAGACAAAAGAUCCACCAUCCCCUUGCCAAGCUCUGAUGGGGUCCAGUCCAAGAAGAUGUUGUUUGAGAAGUCUGGGGCUGUAGAGCAUGAAGCUCAGAGAGUAAAGCGGCAGCUCUCAGCUGAAAGUGCCACACGUUCUUUCGGAGUGGUGAAGAGGAGCACGGUGAGAAAGGAGGAGGAUGGGGAGAUGACCCCGGCAGUGGCAGCCUCAAAACCCAGGCUUAAGGCCUUAUCUUUGCAAAGGGCCAGCCUCAGCACCUGCAGCACCCCAAAGAGAAAGCCCCGGAAGGAUCUCUUUUCCAGCACCGAGGUCUUUCAGACAGUGGACGCCUGCGCCAUCGAAUCUGGAAGACAGCUGAGAGAGCAAAAAGUUUUCUCUGUGCAGGCCAUUGCACAAGCCAUCACACAUGAAGCCACCAGUGAGCUGGAGAGACUGCGUGCCAUCUGGGUCUGGCUGUGCAACAACAUUGAGUACGAUGUUAGUGGUUACCUGGGCCAAUCAGAGAAGCUGUGCACUCCUGAGCAGGUAGUUGAAGCUGGACGUGGAGUGUGCUGUGGUUACUCCAGUCUCUGCCUGCAGAUGUGCAGGGAGAUGGGCAUUGAGUGCCAGGAAGUGUCAGGUCACAGUAAGGGCAUUGGGUACCGGCAGGGCCAGAGCUACCAGAACACCAAGUCCAAUCACAUGUGGAACACAGUGAAGCUGGAAGGGCAGUGGUACCUCCUGGAUGCCUGCUGGGGGGCAGGGCGAGUGGACAUCAACAACCAGACCUUUAUCAAGAGGUAUGAUGACUUCUAUUUUUUGGCGGACCCUGAGGACUUCAUUGACUCCCACUACCCAGAUGAACAGCAGUGGCAGCUCCUGGAGUCCCCUGUCACGCUAGAGGACUUUGAGAAGAGGGUCUUCAAAACAUCCGAAUUCUAUCGUCUAGGUCUGACACUCCAGCUGCCCAAAAACUUCCUCAUUGUCACAGAGAAUGGGGAAGCCACGGUGUCCUUAGGAUGUCGUUGGCCUGCAGAUUUCACCUACCAGAUUUCUCCACAAAGUAGCGAGCUGACCAAUGGGCAAAGCCUUGGGGAUGUGAAGGAUGUGGGCAGCUCAUCUGGCCUGCUGACAGUGACCCGGCUGGGGAUGAGGUUACGCCUGAUGCCUCCAGCCAGAGGGAAGUAUGACAUCAUGGUGUUUGCCCGCCCAGCCAACACUUUGGGAACCUUUAGCUGGGUCUGCUCCUUCCUACUGGAGUGCCCUGAGCCCAAACCAUCUGAGGAGAUCCCAGAAAACCCCUACUUGUCGUGGGGCUUGCAGCCCACUGCUGCUAGUCUGGGCCUGAAGCAGAGCACUCACAGUGCAGAGCCUGUCAUGACCCAAACUGGCAAGGUCCAACUGGUGCUGCAGACAUCCCGGCCACUCAUGGUGCUCUGCGAACUGACUCAUAAAGACCUAGACUCUAUCCUCUCUAAGCAUUGCUUGGCAACACAGAUAGAGCCAGACAAGCUGACCUGCCAAGUGCUCUGCCCCUUUCGUGGGUACUACCGGCUAUCCGUCUUUGUGCGGGACUAUGAUCAGACCAGUGACGGCUUCCAAAACGCCGGCAACUUCCUACUGCACUGUACCGCUGGUGCCAUCAACCUGAAUGAGCUCUUCCCCAGCUCCCUCAGCUCCUCAUGCGGGCCCGGCAUCAGGACUGCCCGCGCCGGCCUCUCCAAGUUCAGCCACACAGGCACACUCAUAAGCACCCAGCAGGGCAAGUGCAACAUCACCUUCCACAACACGCAGGAUGUGGAGCUGCACGCUGUGCUUGCCAAGGAGCUGCGCCGGCCACUGGGGUACCCCCUCACCCGGCACAUCCUCUUCACCCACACAGACAGCAAGGUCACCAUCAGCGUCACGCUGCCCGAGCCUGGGCUCUACAGGCUGGGUCUAUACGCCAAGACCGGCCCCGGCCAGGACUUCAGUCCACUCUGCGAUUUCAUCCUGCACAGCUCAGCGGAGGCCCCCUGGCCGCCCUUCCCCUGCACCUUUGUGGCCUGGCGGAAGGGCUGCGUGCUGUUCGAGCCACGCAGCGGCUGGCUGCCACCGUGCUCCACAGUGUGCUUCCGUGUACGCAUCCCCGGAGUACAGAGUGUCAGCGUCGUGGGGGAGGGCCGGACAUCUCUGCAGCUGAACAAGAGCCGUGUGUGGGAGGGGGAGGUGCUCACUGGCCGUGAGGGGUCCCAGCUGAAGCUGGCAGCUGGCAAGGGAGGGGAGUCCACUGAAAUGGCUGUCAUUAUGUCCUUUGAUGUUCUGAGUGAUGGUGAGCAGCAGCAGACCCAAACGGACAUAAAGUGCGCUCUGAGGGAGGCAGAAAAUGAAUAA